AUGAAAACUGAUUCCUGCAGCGUACCCAUCAUGCUUGAUCUCCAAGGACUCACCUAUGAAGAUAUCGCCAAGUUGAACCCAUUCUAUGAGGAAUACAAGACCUUUUGGGACUACUCUCGUGACGUAUCCGACCACUCGCUCCGUCCGGGUGUCCUGUCCCCUUCAGCCUCUCUGCCGUCGUUUACCUCCGGUUCAGACUUAUCUUUGCCUGAUGAUAUGGAUGUCUCUCCGUUGUUUUGCCCCAAGGGCCUUCCAGGCAGUCCAUUUCCGCCAAUUCCUUUAAGCCCCAGGCCCAUAUUCCACAGCGGUGGCGAGUACAGACCUACCUUGGACGAAAGUCACGAUCUUGAGUUGAGCCAGGUUGCGAUAGUUGAUGGCGAAGAAACCAUGGGAAGGCCGUUGUCCCCCGUCCCUGAAUGCACAGAGGAUCUUGAACCGGGUCAGGAACUUGAUCUUAUCAACUAUGCCCUUGGCAACAUGAGGUCUUCGCACAAGCAACUUUUCGGGACAAACGGCUGGCUGGGCUGCACUGCCGAGCUGCCUCCUACCACUGAGCCCAAGUACAAGAAAGUAAUUGGGUUUGGGAAGAAGUUGAAGCAGCACGUGGGAGACAUCGCAACCGACAUGGCCAAAGCACAUCCACUAUCACUCCCCUUCAGCACCCCCCGACAAUUGAAAGUACUGCCAAAGUCGACAGUCGCUAUUUCAAUAGAUCCAACCACCCAAGCCCAAUUAUAUUCCGAGCUUGAAGUGAUGAUCUGCGUCAGUGCCAACCGAUUCCUCAUCCAGCAACACAAUGAAGGCCGCAUAUCAAAAGAGUCCAUCAGAAAGGUUAACAACUUCUGGGGUUCCAAGAACAGACCAAAGGUGGUCGAGUUCCAGUUUGACCAAGCCACUCAGCGUCAGCUGAUCCUAUCCAACGUCCGCACCAUGAAUUUCAACGGAGAAAGCUCAACAAACCCAGUAGCUCUUCAUUCGAAUCUGCAUAAUUGGAAAGCCAUUGUCAAAGAAAUGAGUGUCCGAACGUUUUGUUCACCCGAUAGUGUCAUCCGUAAGCACAUGCAUGACAUCCAGAAGCUUCUUGACAUGUUGGGUGCUCCAGUCGCCACUUUUCUCGCCUUCGAAGAGCUGCAAAUGCGGGCACUUCUCUUGAUGAAGGAGCAGAGGACAAAAAAGUAUCUUUCCGAGAGCGGGCACAGCAUAUUGUCGGGCCCCAGCUCAUCCGGUCCAAGCAUGUCGCCGAGGACAAGUCAUUCAUCGCACUGAGUUAUUAAGCUCUUCUUUUCGACGCCAAUAGUAUAUUUCAAGCCAAUUCUUUAUAAUUAGUGAAUCAUGUAUAUUGACUCGGUCCUCGUCAGUCCUUGCGGUCGUUUUGUUCCUGUUCAGUGUUACUCUCGGUGCAAUGGUUUUUCACCUUAUCGGUCAAUUUCUCAAAAUAACAAUCUCCAUUCCGAUGUGGAAAGUCCAAAAUUAAUAUUGUAGAUGUAUUGUACGGCGGUGAGUAGCUUUGGCUGGAUGUUGUGCCCG